UUAUAUAUUAAAGUUGUUAAGUUUUUUAUUAACUUUUGACGCCAAAUUGGAUUGUAAUCCACUGCAGUCAAUUGUUCAAUUUCCCGUUGAACAAACUCUCAACAUUCCCUCCCUUAUAACUGCAUUUUUUGUUGUUGUUAACUAGGUUCCCGAUUCAACAACAUAAAAAAGUCCAAAAUUUUAUGUUUCAGAGUUUGUCUAAUUGAAACGUUUUAAACUUUUCUAGUAAUACACAAACAUUGAAAGAUAAACUACACAUAACACAACUCUAUGUCUUGGAUCUUUACCUUACCUUCCCUCAUUACAAAACACAAAAAGUUUACACCUUUUGAAACACACACUUGUUUAUUCCUCAACUUUAUUAAACAUCUUUGUUCUUCAUCAGUUAACCCUUGUUUCAAAUCACAUUCAUUCUAUGAAUCUCUUAUUGAUAAUUCAACCCAUGUUAUACAUCUUUAUCAAAUACAUGCCCACCUAGUUGUCUCUGGAUUGCAAUAUGAUAGGUUUCUCAUGACCAAACUGGUUAAUGGGAGCUCCAAUUUUGGAUAUGUUUGUUAUGCACGUAAGUUGUUCGAUGAAUUUCCCGACCCGGAUUUGUUUAUGUGGAAUGCUGUUAUUAGAAGCUAUUCAAGAAAUGGUAUGUGUAGGAAUGUUGUUGAAAUGUUUAUAUGGAUGAGAUGGGUUGGAUUGUGUCCGGAUAGGUUUACUUUUCCUUGUGUGGUUAAAGCUUGUAGUGAGUUGUUGGAUUUUGGUUUGAGUUGUUUGGUUCAUGCGCAGAUAGUUGUUUAUGGAUUUGGGUCGGAUGUGUUUGUGCAGAAUGGGCUUGUGGUUUUGUAUGCUAAAUGUGGUCGGAUUGGUUUGGCGAGAGUGGUGUUUGAUGGGUUAUGUGAUAGAACGAUUGUUUCGUGGACUGCUAUUAUUUCUGGAUAUGCGCAGAAUGGGGAAGCUUGGGAGGCGUUGAGAAUGUUUAAUCGAAUGAGAAGAACUGAUGUGAAACCGGAUUGGAUUUCAUUGGUGAGCGUUAUGAGGGCUUAUACUGAUGUAGAUGAUUUGGAGCAAGGGAGAUCUCUUCAUGGUUGUGUCAUCAAAACGGGCCUUGAAGACGAGUCUGAUUUGGUCGUAUCACUUACAGCUUUUUAUGCAAAAUGUGGACAAGUGACAGUUGCGAGAUCUUUCUUUGAUCGAAUGAAGACACAUAAUAAUGUGAUGAUGUGGAAUGCAAUGAUAUCUGGUUAUGCGAAGAACGGUCAUGCUGAGGAGGCAGUAGAUCUAUUUCGUGGCAUGAUUUCGAGAAAUGUUCAACCAGAUUCUAUCACUGUUAGGUCGGCAAUUUUAGCUUGUGCACAAGUUGGUUCUCUCAAAUUAGCACAAUGGAUGGAUGACUAUGUCAGAAAGAGUAAAUACGGAAGCGGUAUUUUCGUUAUAACAACCCUUAUUGAUAUGUAUGCAAAAUGUGGUAGUGUAGAAUCUGCCCGUGCGGUAUUUGACCGUGCUUCUGAUAAGGACGUUGUUAUGUGGAGUGCCAUGAUUAUGGGAUAUGGAUUGCAUGGUCAAGGUUGGGAAGCCAUUUAUCUUUAUCAUGCAAUGAAACGAGAAGGGGUGUGCCCAAAUGAUGUCACCUUUAUUGGCCUUCUCACAGCAUGCAGUCAUUCUGGUCUUGUAAAACAAGGGUGGGAGCUAUUCCAUUGCAUGAGAGACUUUGGAAUUAAGCCUCGUAAUGAACAUUAUUCUUCUGUGGUUGAUCUCUUGGGGCGUGCAGGUUAUUUGAAACAGGCUUAUGUUUUUAUCAUGAAAAUGCCGAUUGAACCGAGUGUAAGUGUAUGGGGAGCACUUCUUAGCGCAUGCAAGAUUCAUCGUUCUGUAACAUUGGGAGAGUAUGCUGCACAAAAGCUAUUCUCGUUAGAUCCGUAUAACACAGGGCACUAUGUACAACUAUCUAAUCUCUAUGCUUCCACUCGCAUGUGGGAUCAAGUUGCACAUGUUCGGGUUCUAAUGAAGGAGAAAGGAUUGACUAAGUACCUUGGUUAUAGUGUUAUUGAAAUCAAUGGGAAACUACAUACAUUUCAUGUAGGGGACAUGUCGCAUCCACGGGCUAAGGAAAUUUUCGAUGAGCUUCAGAGGCUAGAAAAAAGGUUAAAGGAUGUUGGGUUUGUUCCACAUACAGAAUCUGUUUUGCAUGAUCUGAAUUAUGAAGAAAAGGAGGAGAAUCUUUGUAUUCAUAGCGAGAGAAUAGCGGUUGCUUAUGGGCUUAUUAGUACUGCUCCUGGAACUACUCUUAGAAUAACGAAGAAUCUCCGAGCAUGUGUAAACUGUCAUUCAGCGAUAAAGGUUAUAUCAAAGCUUGUUGAAAGGGAGAUAAUUGUAAGGGAUGCAAAUCGGUUUCAUCAUUUUAAAGAUGGUUUGUGUUCUUGUGGGGAUUAUUGGUGAAAUUAGCGGCUCAACCUCAAACCAACUAUUAAGGAUGUUUCGUGUUCGUGUGGAGACCAAUGAUUUUAUCGAAAAUUCAGUUUUGCGGAAGAGUUGUCUACUUUUUCAAUUUUCUGAUGGUUCCUUCCCAACCACUAGAAUUGGCAGAAUUGAUUGUAAGGUGAAAAGUGAUAACCAUUGAUCUUCUACAACGAUCGACAUGUCAAUUUCGCCAUAAAACUUGUGAAGAAUAAUGAACUGCAUUGGCUUAAUGCAACAUCCUCUUUUUAGCCACUGAUGGGUUGUCAGCAAUUAAGUAAGUGUACUCAUCUCCAAAACAAACAAGUUAAGAAAAUGAGAUACCACACUCACAUUUCAGGAGUUAGAAGGGAGUCAUGUGUUCUCCCCGUCGUUGCUUGCUACCCAAAUGCUGAGAUGAGCUUCAACAAAAGGAUUGUCUAUAAUGCGAUGGAAUGUUCUCCCCGAUGUUCUCAGGUUUGAAUCCUGCUAGAUGCGAACAAUUUCUGUGUUAGGCCAAGUUUAUACAGAACUUUGUUUGGUCCCAUUAGAUUAGUCGACCACAAGAUAGGAUACCAAAAUUAAAAUAAAAAAAUUAUCUGUAUUUGUUUAUGUCUCUAUUCUACAUGUUACUGUUAUCCAGAAUUCAUUGAUUCCAAUAAUGGUAUUGUUUUUCUCCUCUAGGUA